UAAAACUUGUCGAAUCUCAAUGACAUGAAUCCUUGUGAUUAUUGACCUAAAUUAUUCCUGUCAUGCUGAGCAUGUUUAUAAACUUGUCAGUUCUGACUGAAGCGGCAAAGAUGAAGGAGAAUAAGGGAGAAGAAGAAGAAGAAAAAAAGGAGAUGAGUCGGAAGGAGAAGCGGAAGGCAUUAAAGAAAAUGAAACGGAAGCAAAUCAGGAAGGAGAUUGCAGUUAAGGAGCGGGAAAAGGAGGAGGCUCGCAUCAACGAUCCCGACGAGAAGAGGAGGAUGCAACUCCUGGAGCAGCAGGAGGCUGAGAGAAUGGAGAGUGACAGGAAGCUUUUCGAGGAAAGAGAGAGGGCUUGGAUGGAGUUACAGCAGAGGAUCCAGCAGCAGCAGGAGCAACAACAGCAACAGAUAGACCUUCUUGAAGAAUCACAGUCGGCACGCAAUGAUAAUGGUAGUGACAAUGAUGAUGAUCAAUGGGAGUAUGUGGAGGAAGGGCCUCCUGAGAUUAUCUGGCAAGGAAAUGAGAUUAUCCUCAAGAGGAACAAAGUGAGGGUUAGGGUUUCAAAUAAGGAAACAAAACAAAAUCAGCAUGCUGAUGAUGCUGAUAGACCUACCUCAAAUCCUUUACCCCCAGAAUCUCACUCAAAUUCAUUCGCUCAGCAGGUGCUGGAGAAUGUUGCUCAACAAGUACCCAAUUUCGGAACAGAACAGGACAAAGCUCAUUGCCCUUUUCAUUUAAAAACUGGAGCAUGCCGAUUUGGUCAACGUUGUAGCAGAGUCCACUUUUACCCUGAUAAAUCCUGCACCCUUCUGAUGAAAAACAUGUACAAUGGUCCUGGCAUGGCUUGGGAGCAAGAUGAAGGCCUUGAGUACACGGAUGAGGAGGUUGAACGCUGUUUUGAAGAAUUUUAUGAUGAUGUUCAUACGGAGUUCCAGAAAUUUGGAGAAAUUGUGAACUUCAAGGUGUGUAAAAAUGGUGCAUUUCACUUGAGAGGAAAUGUCUACGUUCAGUAUAAACAUUUGGACUCUGCUCUGCUUGCUUACAACACUGUUAAUGGGCGCUACUUUGCUGGGAAACAGGUAAGUUGUAACUUUGUUAGUUUGACAAGAUGGAAGGUUGCCAUAUGUGGCGAGUAUAUGAAGUCAGGUUACAAGACUUGUUCUCAUGGAACAGCGUGCAAUUUUAUACACUGUUUCCAAAAUCCUGGUGGAGACUAUGAAUGGGCUGAUUCUGAUAGACCGCCCCCAAAAUUUUGGGUGAAAAAGAUGAUAGCAUUAUUUGGUUAUUCUGAUGAUUAUGAGGCUUUAGGGGAGCGAGAAAAUUUGAGUUUGCAAAAGAAUACGGGGAGAUGUCAAGAUCAGAUUCUUUCAGGUACCACUCAAGUAGAUCAAGAUCUAGGGAGAGGGAUCAGUUGAAAAGUUAUUCUAGCAGAAGAAAACAUGGAGACGAACGAAGGCAAAGAACUCCCGAUGAGGGAUGGAAUGCCCAUUCAAAAGAGAAUCAUAAAAUUAAGCACAAAACUCCAGUUUCUGAAUCCAAUAGGGAAUGGCUAGAAAAAGAUGAAAAUAGGGAAAGUCACCAUAAACAUUACAGAAAAAGCUCGUUACAUAGUGACAAGGAUGACAGUCGCAGAAGCCAUGAUGAGGAUUUUGAUACAGAUUUGGCUAUAACUGGUAAGGACGAUGAAGUUGAACAUGGAAAAGAACGACGACACUGUAAGAAACGGAAGAGAGAUAGAAGGGAUCGGAUUUAUGAGUCCGAAUCAGAGCACCAUACCAGUAGAAGGAAAAGUUCACGGCAGCACAGUAGGGACAAUAGAACCGGUGAAGCUGAAUCUAAUAAAGAUUUGUUUGAUCAAGGAGACUUGGAACCUCAUGAUAGCUCUAGGAAAAACUCGAGACACAGGAGGUUUAACCAUCGAGAAGACAACAAAGACCAUGAAAAUGAAGUUGAUGGAGAUUGGUCACGGAGAGAGAGACACAUAAGAUCUGGCUAUCGAGAAGACAUUAAAGACCAUGAAAAUGAAUGUGAUGAAGUCGAUAGAGGUUGGUCACGGUGGGAUGGGGACGGAAGAUCGCAUCAUAAAAAGAAGCGUUCAAGACACCACCACUCACCAGAUGUCGGAUUACAGUGAUGUAGACAUCUAAGAAUGCAAGUAAGAUUAACUUUUGUAUUCCUGUGAUGAUGCUUUAUCAUCUUUUGUACAAUCUCUUCUCUUCUUAGUGUUUCCUUUUUUUUCCUUUUUUUUUCCUUCUAUGAAACAAAAAAAGAAUGCAAAUCAAACGAGCAUCAGGUUUGUUUUUGUAAA